CAUUAGAAAGAAAAUAUAAGUAUCAUAUGUUAUUGGCCUUUACUUGAUAUAACUCCUUGGUCCUUUCAGAAAUCUAGAGCAACAGAGAAGUUCCUGCCUAAAAUUCGUCACUGCUUGGAGUUCAGUGGUUUCGUUCGCGCUUCGCAUCUCCGAAAUGAGUUGGCUUUCUGGUUGAGACGCUACGCGUUGCACGCUAUUCGCGUGUUUUUUGUGACGCAGUCCGCGCUGAUUCCCCUUGCCAGCUGGAAGGCCUGGGACCUGGAGCUGCGUGUCGUCUGGCUGGAAGAAUUCAGCUGUGAAAUGCCCUCGUUCACCUAUUGUCUCAACUUUUUCUAUUCAACGGCUAACGCGGACGCGGUCUUGCGUUUGAUACAACCGACGCUGUUUUAUGAUGGUGAAACCGAAGACUCCUCGCUCUCCACUGAGUUCACCGAAGAUGCAUCAACCCUUGUCGAAAGUGAAGACGCCAACAAUCUCAACCUACUCCUGUCGGCAGAGUUCUUCUUCAACCUGGUGAUCACCAGCUACACCCUCAAACCCCUCUUCAGAAUCCUCCUCUUCUGGCUGCGGGUGAAAUCACUCGACGCAGCUGCUCUCCCUGUCAUGUGCUUCAACCCUUUCGAGUCACAUUUCACGUGUGACGUCACUCGUGUCUCACAUGUGCUGCUUCUAAGCCUUGUGCAGCUGAUCUACCUCUAUGACGUAGCCAUGGCCUCACACGCCACACACGAGGCUCUCUUCUUCUGCAUUGGAAAUACGGUUACCGAUAUGAAGGUGCUGCAGCUUGAGCUUGGUUUGUUCUCUAUGAUGCAUCUCAUCAAGGGAGUUUCUAGGUGACAAAUUCACGCAAUAAAAAUUGAUGUUUAGCAUAAGGAAAGUAUAUAUGAUAUUCUUAGUCGCAAGCAAUCACUUUUUCUCAACUCACACUAACGCGACUUAGGUUGAGAAGAGACUCGACUCUAGUUCAGAGCAUGUGUUUUCAAAUGGUGCCAGUCGCGGUGCAUAGAGUCGACUGGUCUGAG